AUGCUGCGAGAGCUCAAGGAGGAGGUGCAGAUCGUACCUCUCCUCGAGCAACAGGUACGAUCUCCACCUAAUGAUAAGGAGGUGGAGGCCGAGGAAUCUCCUCAAGUGCACAACAAUGUCUUCUCCGAUCCAGGUCCUUCUACCAGAGGAGAUGUUUCGAUCCGAGGCAGAGAGAUUAGGUCCCCAAUCAGUGCUUCACUGGGCGCCAUGAGACCCCUUGUUGGGAAGCUGGAUAUGCUGCUGCAAGCUCCUCUUUUACAAGGAUGCUCCAACUCCAAGAGGGUCAAGAGGCUCAUGGAGGUGAUGCGCCCCCUGAAAGAUGACGUUGAAAAGAUGGACUCCUACCUUGAUCAACUGUCAGAGGUGGACGACCCUCCCAUGGCGGCCAACUGCUGGAUGAAUGAGGCGCGCAACCUGUCUUACGACAUGGAGGAUUAUAUUGACAGCUUAAUAUUUGCGCAGCCUGAGCAUCCCUCGCAUGUUCCCAAGAAUCCCAACAACAUUAAGUCAACCAGAUCCAGCCUCAAAUUCAGAUUCUUCCUCAAAUUCUUCAGUCAUGCCAAGACUACCAAGACUCAGGUUGUUAGUAUUACGGAAAUGCUAUCAGAAUUCAGGAUGUAUGUCCAGGAGGCGAUUGAACGGCACCAGAGAUACAGUCUCCAUUCUUGCAGCACACUGAAGCGGUGGUUUGUGCCCGUUGGCCCUACGGUUCCAGUUUCAGUGCAGUAUGAUGAAGAAGCGGCACACAUCGUAGUCGAUGGUUGGAUGAGUGAGUUUAUCAACUCACUGGGGGCUGACGUUGGGGAGGAUCAAGAGCAGCAGCAGCUCAAGGUGGUAGCUGUUCUUGGACCUUCAUGUCUCGGUAAAACUACACUUGCCAACGUGUUGUACAGCAGAAUUGGGAAGCAAUACCAUUGUCGAGCUUUCAUUCGGGUGUCCAAGAAACCCGAUAUGAAGAGGAUUUUCCGUGACAUUCUCUCGCAAAUCCAGCGUCCGGACCCACCACAGGAUUUUAUGGAGACUGACCUCAUUGCUAAUAUCAAGAAAUAUCUACAAAACAAAAGGUAUCUGAUUAUUAUUGACGAUUUGUGGGAAACAUCAGUAUGGGAUAUUAUUAAUCAUGCUUUUCCUGAGGGUAAUCGAGGCAGCACAAUAGUAACAACUACACAGAUCGAAGACGUUGCAGUAGCAUGUAGCUGUUAUCAGUCAGGGCAUGUCUUUGAAAUGAAACCUCUGGAUGAUGAACACUCAAGAAAGCUAUUUUUUAACAGACUCUUUGGCUCUGAAAGUGAUUGUCCUGAUGAUUUGAAGCAAGUUUGUGAUGAAAUUGCUGAAAUAUGUGAUGGUUUGCCGCUAGCCACAAUCAGCAUAGCUAGUCUUCUACUAAGCCAGCCUGUCAUGUCAAAUGAUUUCUUCACAUACAUCCAUCAGUCGUUAAUCUCUUGUUUCUCUGCAGUGCCUACUUCUGAAAGAACUAGACAAGCACUGAAUCUGAGCUACAAUAAUCUUCCUCGUUAUUUGAAGACAUGCCUGCUCUACCUUAAUAUGUAUCCAGAGGGCUACGCAUUCUUAAAGGGUGAUUUGGUUAAGCAAUGGGUGGCUGAAGGUCUGAUCUAUACAUCAGAAGGGCAAGACAUUGAGAAAGUUGCAGAAAACUAUUUCUAUCAACUUGUUGGUAGAAGCUUCAUCCAGCCGACAUGUGUCAACUACUACAAUGAGGUGUUGUCCUGUCAAGUGCAUGACAUGGUACAUGAUCUUAUUGCUCAUAAGUCUGCAGAAGAGAAUUUCAUCGUGGCAAUAGACUACAGGUGUCAAAAGAAUGUGUCACUUUCUCAUAAAGCCCGUCGACUCUCGCUCAUAUUUGGUGAUGCGAGAUAUGCCAAGACACCAGCAAACAUCCAAAAAUCGCUAGUUCGGUCAGUUAGAUUUUCUGGAUUACUUGAGUCUAUGCCUUGUCUUACAGAGUUCAAGCUUGUUCGUGUCCUAAACCUUCAACUAAGUGCUCAAGGCCGCAGUGAUAAUGAUAUAGCAGACCUCACUGGGAUUUCAGAAAUGUUUCAGCUGAGAUAUUUGAAGAUUGCAUGCGAUGUCUGCAUCAAACUGCCGAACCAUGUAUUACAGUGCCUGGCUACAUUGGAUAUUACGGAUGCAAGUUUUGCUCCUGUUCCAUGGGAUGUGAAUUUUCCACGCUUGCUGCACUUGCACCUGAGUCUUCCUGUCGAGAGAGAUCUGCUGGAUUGCAUAGACAGAACAAGGUCCCCCAGUCUAAUGAGCCUCGGCAAGCUAAACCACCUGCAGGAGCUUCAUCUUACCUUGUCGCCACUGUCUACUUUCCAGCAUGUGGCGAAAAACAUGGAAGCUCUGGGUUCUUUAAUCGGAGGCCAUUGCAACCUUAAAACUAUAGCAGUGGAAGCUCAGGCCUCAUCGGUUAAAAAUACGUCGGCUUCAAAAACAGGCAUUUCAUGGGAUUGCAUGGAACCUCCCCCCCUUCUCCAGAGAUUUGAAUUCUCGCCGCACAGCAGCUGCAUAUUCUCACAGGUACCUUCGUGGGUUGGAAAACUUGGCAACCUAUGCAUUUUGAAGAUUGCUGUGAAGGGACUGCAAGCACACUGUGCUGAUAUUCUCAGAGGAUUGCCGGCCCUAGCUGCCCUGUCGCUGUACGUGGAGACGCCGCCUGAGGACAAGAUCAUCUUUGACAAGGCCGGUUUCUCGGUUCUCAAGCACUUCAAGCUUACGUUCAUGCGGGGUAUAGCCUGGGUAAACUUUGAGGCGGAUGCAAUGCCUAGUCUCUGGAAGCUCAAGCUAGUUUUCGAUGCCAUCCCCCCAAUGGACCAACAGUGUAAAACAUAUGCACAUAGUAGGGCAUUAAUCAACAUCGAUUAUAUGCCAGGCCUUAGAGAGGUCUUCACAAAAUUUAGGGGUGCAGCUGCCGAUCUGGAGCAUGUCUCGAUGAUUGGCGUAGUUAGCAAUCAUCCGAGCAACCCUAUAAUUGACGUGCAAUUAGCGGAUUCUGGUUCCUAUAGCAACGAAAGCACCAAGACAGAAAUAACAACCGAAUGA